UUUUUUGUUUUUAGGAAGAUAAAUAGUAGAAACGGCACCACUGUAGACCGUGGCUCAUAACAACCGCGAUGGCCGUCGUGAAGUGAGUGGUAUGGUAACUACAUCCAAACAUUUUUUGAUUUGAAAAAGGCGCGAGAUGUCGGAUUACAUCGGACCAGUCUUACCUCCCCAUUUGUUGAACAAGGAAUCGGACACUUCUGAUUCGACUGCCGAACCUAAACCAGCAGAUGACGUCUACGGUCCGUCACUACCACCUCACUUACAAAAGGCCGCCGUCGAUAAUUCAGAUGAGGACGAAGACACCUACGGUCCUUUACCCGAAGGCACUGCCGGAACACACGCGCACCAGGCGUUAGAGGAACGGGCGUACGAGCUAAAAUUGGGCUACCUCGACCCGAAAGAGGAAACCAAAGUUAGAGAGGAAUGGAUGCUGGAAUUACCCGUGGCGGGCGCGUCGAAAUUGGGACUGGGGCCGCGACAGUUCAGGAAAAAUGCCGGACCUGACUUGUCCGAUAGGUCUUCGUGGACGGAUACACCUCGGAGCAAGAAAUUGAAGAAAGGGGAGGAGGUCGUCGAUUUGAAGAAGGAGGCGAUGCUGAAGGAUAGCCAAGAAUAUGAUGCGAAGCAGGCCAGUAUGGUUAAGAAGCAUCGUAGUAAAAAUAAAAGGGAUAAAAGCUUGUUGCAAAUACAUCAGGAUAACUUGAAGGAAAAGAAAAAGAAAGACACCGAGGAUGGACCAACCCGUAGGCCGUUUAACAGGGACAUCGAUUUGAAAGUGAACCAAUUCGACGACGCCCAAAAGAAGUCCAUCAUCAAAAAAGCGAUGCAUCUAGACGACAGGUUUUCUAGCGGACAAUCAAAAUUUUUAUAAUGUCAACCGUGUGCGUAUCCUACACUGUUAUCAUUCGACAUUCGGCCACGAUGACGGUCGAGAUUGAAACAAACUUAAUUUUAAACUUAAGGGGUGAGUAGUACAAGUUUGUGUCGCCCGAAAUAAAAUUAUGAACAAAG